CGUUGAAGUGCUUCUGCAAGGACUGUGUGAAGUUUAACCAGACGUGCGAGACGGAUGGGGCAUGUCUGGCCUCCCUGUCUCGCAUCAAUGGGGUCCAGCACGAGAUCCGUCUGUGCGUCUCGGCAGAGAAGCUGGUGCCCCCCAUCUACUGCCAGAGUAACGAGGAUUACGUCACCACCAUCUGCUGCUACCAGGACUUCUGUAACAAACUGGAACUGAGCUUGCCGAGGGGCAGGAAGGUGGAGGGGUGGGGGCCGGUGGAGCUGGCGGCUGUGAUUGCCGGGCCAGUCUUCCUGGUGUGUCUGCUGCUGAUGGUCACCGUAUUCCUGUGCCAUUACCAGCGAGCGUACCACCACCGCAACCAGCUGGACAUCGAGGAGGCCUCAUGCGACCACAUGUUCAUCUCCGAGGGCAAGACCCUGAAAGACCUCAUGUUUGAUAUGACCACCUCCGGAUCGGGCUCUGGUUUGCCCCUGUUUGUCCAGCGCACCAUCGCCAGGACCAUUGUGCUGCAGGAGAUCAUCGGGAAGGGUCGGUUUGGGGAGGUGUGGAGAGGGAAAUGGCGAGGAGGGGACGUGGCGGUGAAAAUCUUCUCCUCCCGCGAGGAACGGUCCUGGUUCCGGGAGGCGGAGAUUUACCAGACCAUCAUGUUGAGGCACGAGAACAUCCUCGGCUUCAUCGCGGCCGACAACAAAGACAAUGGGACGUGGACACAGCUGUGGCUGGUGUCGGAUUACCACGAGUACGGCUCUCUGUUCGAUUACCUGAACAGGUACACGGUGACGGUGGAGGGGCUGAUCAAGCUGUCGCUCUCGGCCGUCAGCGGCCUCGCCCACCUGCACAUGGAGAUCGUGGGAACUCAGGGGAAACCGGGGAUCGCUCACCGGGACCUGAAAUCGAAGAACAUUCUGGUGAAGAAGAACGGGACGUGCGCCAUUGCGGAUCUGGGCCUCGCUGUGAGGCACGACUCACUCACUGACACCAUCGACAUCGCCCCCAAUCAGAGAGUGGGCACCAAACGGUACAUGGCCCCAGAAGUGCUGGACGAGACAAUCAACAUGAAACACUUUGACUCGUUCAAAUGCGCUGACGUUUACGCCCUGGGUUUGGUGUACUGGGAGACAGCACGCAGAUGUUCCACAGGAGGAGUCCACGAGGAAUAUCAGUUACCGUACUUUGACCUCGUGCCCUCUGACCCCUCCAUAGAGGAGAUGAGGAAGGUGGUUUGUGAGCAGAACCUCAGGCCCAACAUCCCCAACUUCUGGCAAUCGAACGAGGUGCUGAGAGUGAUGGCAAAGAUCAUGAUGGAAUGUUGGUAUGCCAAUAGCUCAGCCCGGCUCAACGCUUUACGCAUCAAGAAGGCUUUAUCCCAACUCAGUAUCCAGGAGGACAUCAAGAUCUAACGGUUGGGGGGGGG